UAUCGAUGGUUGGCAAUCAUACUUGUCAUCUCCAGCGAAAAUUUCGUGCGCCAAAAACAUAAACUAAUGUGAAAUAGUUAGAAUUAGGACAAAUCCAGUGCAAUAUAGUUUUUAAAAGAAAACAAAAAAACCUCUCAAGUGUUGGCGCGUGUAGUUAAGUGCCCACAGAGAGGUCGCAACGAGAUAGUGCGAGUGAAAAUUGCGUGUUACAAUUACUGUUUUACGGGGGUGGGCCGUGAGAGAACGAGAGGCCAACAGUCAGUGGUGUGGGAACGCCAAACGCCAUGCAGGAGCACCGUUUUUAUUUUCCAUCAACAUGUACAGUUAUAAGCAGUAAAGUUUGAUCUAAAUCCAAAAAUCCAUACAGUUUAAAAGCCCAAUCCCAAACAAAAUAGAUAGAAAGAUGCUGCCGGGCAUCUAUUGAGAGAUUCGUUACGGAGUGAAAAUACUUCUUUGUCGUUAUGCAGCAACAGGACGAUCCUCCAUCCCUGCCCGUGGGCACGGAGGUGAGUGCCAAGUAUAAGGGCGCCUUUUGCGAGGCAAAAGUCAGCAAAGUAGUGCGCAAUAUCAAGGUGAAGGUGGUCUACAAGCAGGGCCUGGGCACGGGCAUCGUGCCCGACGAUGCUAUCAAGGCGCCGCCCGGCCAGAUGCGCGUGGGUGCCGUUGUCGAGGUGCGGCACCCAGACAGAAAGGAGAUCGUCGAAGCCACCAUUGCCAAGAUCCAAGAUGGCUCACAGUACACGGUCGUCUUUGACGAUGGCGACAUCACCACUCUGAGGAGGACGGCCCUGUGCCUGAAGAGCGGCAGGCAUUUUAAUGAGAGCGAGACCCUCGAUCAGCUGCCGCUGACGCAUCCGGAGCACUUUGGCAAUCCCGUGGUCGGCGGAAGAAGGGGUCGUCGGAGGGGUCAAUUGAAUGAGGACAGCUCGGAUGAUGAUGACGAGAGCGAUGCCAAGGAAGUGGUCAACGAGAAGGAGGAGAACAUUGGCCAGGUCGUCUGCGUGGAGACAGAGUCCAAGAAGAAGGACAAGGAGAAAUGGUUCCCCGCCUUGGUGGUGGCGCCCACAGCUCAGGCCACGGUCAGAAUCCGCGUGAAGGAUGAGUACCUGGUAAGAUCCUUCAAGGACGGACGCUACUAUACGGUGCCCAAGAAGGAGGCCACCGAAUUUACCAGGGAGGUGGCCAGCAAACAGGAUGUGCCUGCUGUGCAGGCUGCCCUCGAAUUCCUCGACAGCAGCGUCCUGCCGCCGCACUGGGACCGCGACUCCCUCUUUGGCCUGUCCAAUCUCACCAGCGACGACGACGGCGAGAUCGAUUCGGACUCGUCCGACGACGAGCCGCACGAGGAGAAGGAUCGCUUUGUGGCCCAGCUCUACAAGUACAUGGACGAUCGGGGCACGCCGCUGAACAAAGUGCCCUCCAUCCAGAGCCGCGACGUGGACCUGUACCGCCUCUUUCGGGCCGUCCAGAAGCGCGGUGGGUACAAUCGCGUAACGACCCAGAACCAAUGGAAAAUGAUUGCCGUUCGCCUGGGCUUUGCCCCCUGCACGGUCAGCGUCAUGAACCUGGUAAAGCAGGCGUACAAGAAGUUCCUGCAGCCCUACGGCGAUUUCCAUCGCAAGCUCGGCUGCUCCAUGCUGAUGACAUCGCGAAACUCGAACCGCAGCAAGGGACGCAGUCUGGUCCGGGCCAAUUCGGUGGCCUCGCCCAAGCCAAUGGAAACCACCAAAACGGAGACGAUCAGCAAAUUGGCCCAACCGAAUCAGACGGCUACCAUCACGAGCACCAGCUCUUCCAGUGCUGCAGCAGCAGCUACCUCAUCAACCAUUGGACCCACUUUGAGCGCUGCAGCCAGCGCUGCCAGGGCCGCCUCAACGGCCUCCAUAUCGGCAGCAGAGGAGUCUGAGAACACCAGCGAGUCGAGUGUGGUGGUGGAGCCCAUCAAGAAGCAACGCAAGGCUUCGGCGGCGGCCACCAGCACUCAACAGCAGGGCAAGGUCAAGAGCCUCGUGGAGAAGUACGAGGAGAAGUCCUCGGCAGCAAUGCCCCUUGCCGUUACUGCCGCUGCUACUGGUGCUGCCAGUGGAGGAGGCCCCACAGCAACCGUAGGAAGUGGAUCUUCAACAACAACAUCUGCAGCAAGUGCGGCGGCAUCUGCUGCUGGUAACACUCCCUCCACGGCCACUCCAUCAUCAUUAUCAUCAGGAGCAGCAGCAGCAGCUGCCACUCCUUCGGCCGCAGUCGGCAAAGACACCGAAUCGGAUCUGCCUUUGUCCAAGAUCAAGCUGCAAGCGGCCGCCGCUGCUGCAGCAGCCGUGACCAGGAACAGCAUGGAGAAGGAUCAGCAGACCAACAUCAGUCCGGGCAGUGCCACAUCCAGCAAGGCCAACUCCGCGGACAAUCAAAGGAGCAGAGAUGCCUCCCCAUCCGCUACCCCCGGGCCGUCUGCUGCAGCUGCUGCCCCACCGACCACCGCCAAGAAAGAGAAGCACCAACGAAAGCAGGUGGAAAAGCCGGACGAGAAGCAGCGCGGCAAGCGGAAGAAGGAGGAUAAGGACAUCAGCGUUGAGAAGAUCGACACCGGGGACUUUGUCGUGGGCAUCGGCGAUAAGCUAAAGGUCAACUACCACGAGAAGAAGUCCCCCAGCUCCCAUGGCAGCACCUACGAGGCGAAGGUCAUCGAGAUCAGCGUACAGCGCGGUGUGCCCAUGUACCUGGUCCACUACACCGGCUGGAACAACCGCUACGACGAGUGGGUGCCCCGGGAGCGGAUUGCCGAGAACCUGACCAAGGGAUCCAAGCAGAAGACACGUACGAUCAGCACCAGCAGUGCGAACAGUGGCAGCGGCGGCGGUGGGGGAGGCGGCGGAACCGGAUCAGGUGCUGGCUCCCAGGGCACACUGCCCCCAGGUCCGGGUGGCGGCGGCGACAAGCAGCCGCCGCCUGGCAAGGAUGGACCCUCAAAGACGGCACCGCCCACAGGGGCGGCGGGACAGCAGGGUGGCCAGUCGGGAAAUCCCAGUGGCUUCAGUACAGCCAGUUCGCUGAUUCAGGCCAUGGUGAAGACGCCCACCACCACGGGAGCGAAGCGGGGCCGUGGACGCAGCGACUCCAUGCCACCGCGAUCGACCACUCCUUCGUCGGUAGCCUCCAAUUCGAGCAGAACCAAGUCUCCGGCGAGCUCCCAGCAGCAGCAGCAGCAGCAGCAACAUCAGCAGAAGCAGCCGAUGAAGAGGCGUCCCACCCGAGGGCCGACCAACAGCGCCAACAUCCGCAUCUCGGACGCCUCAAUGGCCUCCGAAUCGGACUCCGACUCGGACGAACCAGUGCGCCGGCCCAAACGGCAGAGUGCCAAGGAGAAGGCAGCUGGCAAGCCGCAAGCCACCGCCAAGGGACGUCUGUCCCGUGUCCCAUCAUCUGGGCCCACGGCAGCCGCAGCUCAGCAAAGUCCCAGCGAGGAAUCCGACGAGGAUGAGGAGGAGGAAGACGCGCCUGGCCUCAGUACUGGCAAACAGCAACAGCAGCAGCAGCCGCCUCCUUCGCUGCAACGUUCCCGAGCGGCUGGCAAUCGGGCCAUGAGCAGUGGGGCCGCCACCUCCAAGGGACGCGACUACGAUCUUAGCGAAAUACGGUCCGAGCUAAAGGGAUUCCAGCCGCAACUGCUCUCCUCCUCGUCCUCCUCAUCGGCAUUGCCCAUAGACGAGCGUAAGGAUCACAUCAAGGGGGAGAGCCAUGCGCCUGCGGGGGACAUCAAGAAAGAGCCGAAGGUAGAGUCCUCGGCCAAGAGCAGCUCCACGGAGGCCUCUUCCGAGACGGACUCGUAUGUGGACGAGGACUCGCAGUCAUCGGACUACCGGAAGCAUGCCAGCGAAAAGCGCACAAAGGCAGGAGCUGCGGGGCAAACGCCAGGGAAGGCAGGACAAGAGCCACCGGGCAGCGCAGAUUCAAUCCAUCUGCUAGAGACCAUCAAGACGGAGACCAAGGACAUUAAGGUGAAGCCCUUCCACACGGGGGCAGAUAUCAAGCCGACCACCAGUCUGAUAGCUCCGGCCCGCUUUGGCCUGAACAGCUCCUCCUCAGUCUCAGCCUUGGGCUCAAGCUCCUCCUCCUCGACAUCCACUCAGGGACCCUGCCUCUCUGCCGUGGCCAAGUACACGCCGGUGAUCGUGGAGAAGCCCCUCACCAUGACAACAGCCGCCGCCAGCAGCAGCAGCAAGAAGUCCGCUCAGUCCGCGGAUCAGCAACAUCCCAACAAGAAGGUGGACAGCCUCAAGAAGCAGUCGGGUGCGGGACCAGGAGGAGCCACAGCCACUGCCAGCAACAGCAGCAGCAACACCACGGCACAGGAGGCCAAGAAGUUCGCUGAGCCUGUAGCCACCUUGAAGGUGGAGCUGCCGGCAGCCUGUUCCCCAUCUUCGUCGUCCUCUUCGUCCAGUUCCUUUUGCUCAACUGCUUCGGGAGGCAGUUCCAGCUCCGCCACGCGAUCUCUGCCAGACAUGAGCAAGCUGGAGAUCAGCGGUGGAGCAGGAGCAGGAGCAGGAGGCAGCGGGGCAGCAGGUCCAUCUGGGACCCAGCCCUCGACACCACCGACGGCCACGGCCACAGCCAGCAGCAAAGAGUCCAAAUACAGCAGCAGCAGCAUUGCGGCAGCAAGCGGUGGACCGCUCACCCUCGGCGAUCUCUUGGCCUCGGAUGUGUACGAGUUCAAGGACACGGAACCCUUUGAAUUCGAGAAGCGCAUAUCGCCCAUGGCGGCCUGUUCGACCACCGCGACAGGCGUUGCUUCUGUUCUGCCCUCCGCCGGCCCUUCUUCGGUCAUUACUGUGGUGCCGCCGCAGUCCGCACCUGCACCAGCAGCAGCAGCAGCUGGAGGAGGAGGAGGAGCAGGAGCAGGAGCCGGAGCACCGCCUGGUGCUGGUGCCACUGUGGUGGUUAGCUCUGCGGCCAGAAAGCAGGCUCUCAAGGCCACGGCCCUGCAGCACAGCCUGGAACAGCAUCAGCUGCCGCCCAAUGUCCAUGGAGCAGCAGCGGCAGCGGCACCUGUCGUAACUGCGGGAUUGGGAGCAGGCAAAUCCAAGAAGCGUGGCUCCCCUCUAAAGGAGGCCAGUCUGGUGCUGGAGAAGCCCAAGCUAAUAAAAGUGGAAAAGGAACAGCCGGAACAAAAGCCUGCCCUCCCACAGCAGCAGCAGCAGCAGCAGCAACAGGCGCCUCCGACUGUAAAAGUGGUUGCAGCCACGGCCACGGGCACACACACACCUACAGCCACACCCAAUCUCGUGCAGAUGCAACAGAAGCUGAUAACGCCACCAGGAGGAGGAGGAGGCUCCUCUUCUGCUUCCUCUGCUGCUGGCCAACUGACGCCCGGACACCAUGCAACGCCGUUCGAUGCGCUGCGCAAGUCGCCGAGCUUCAACCUGAAUAUCAUGGCCCUGAACGAGGAGCUGGCCCAGACCGUGCAGGAGACAACAAGAGCUCUAACCGAUGCCCUGCAGCCACCCACGACCCCCAUUUCAGCCACCGCUCCACCGGCAGGACCCCUGCUUAUAUGUCCAGGAACACCGCCCACAGGAGGAGGCGCCACUAGCAGCCAAGUGGCAGCCUCGCCCAAGCUGAGCACUCCGCCCCAGGCUCAGACGAAGCCCCCACCGCCACCCACUGUCGUGGGCAGCCCCUUCAUCGAGACCCGGAACGUGUUUGAGUUGAGCACCUCGAACGAGGGCAGCGGCUACAGCUCCGGGGAGUCCAAGGACAACAAGCUGGAGAAGCUGGAGAAUGUAAAGAUUCUGCUGGCAGGAGCAGCGGGCCUUCCGUUCGAUCUGGAUGCGGUCAAGUACGAGCAGAAGACCAGCUCCAUAGCGGACAAAGUGCUCAAAGCCAUUAGCCAGAAGAAGGAGGAGGUGGAGAACAACAAGAGCAAGCCACCGGCACACCCCCACACAGAGGUCACUCCACCCACGGGCACGGGCACGGGCGCAGGCACAGGCACUCCCAUGAUGAUCCCCAAGCUUUUGCCUGAUAUAGAGGCCACGCCCUUGAUUUUGCCCAAACCAGAGCCAUGCACCAGCUACAAGCUGGAGGCUCUCAAGAUGUUGAGUGAGCCUUUGAAGAUCCAGACGGGACCCCUGCUGGGGGAGCUGUACAGGCCGGGACCGGCCACCAAUAGUCCGGAGACCAAGUCUAUCCUCGAUUCGAUGCCGGCCAAGAACAACGAGCUAAGCGAAACGAUCCAGAAGCUAGAGUGUGCCAUUCAGCAGCGCAAGACGCCCGUGAGUGGCCUCUCCUUGACCAGCUCCACAGCUGGGACCCCCCCGACGGCGCACACACCCAACUCCACGGUCACCGUGGGUGUGGGUGGCUUCUCCGACGAGUCCAUGGACAGCACAGACUCGGAGCAGCGCCUGGUCAUCGAGGAUGUGAUUGUAGAGGAUCAUACCACCACCACAACGGCCGAGCAGAAGAGUCCCGGCUCACAGGAGGAACUGGCCGAGACCAUGGACAGGACCAUCAGCACGCCCACGCCUCCCGUCAAAAUGGAACUGAUGGGCAGCAAGCAGCUGUGUAACAGCGGCAUUCAGGCACCCAUUGCCCUCAAGCUGGCGCAAGGAGAGCCCAGCUCCAGCAGCAGUUCGUUUGCGGGAAAGCUAGCAGCUGUCACACAGCCACCGCCGCUGGCAAAGCUCCAUCAGCAGCAGCAACAGCACCAUCCAGAGGAGUCGAGCAAGAUGGGGACACUAAGCUCCUUUGGAAUACCCAUUGUGGUGCCCGAGAUACCCGCAUCUAUCGUGAUGGCGUCGCCCUCUAUAAUGAUACCCGCCUUCACGAUUCCCAUGGAACAAGAUCAGGAUAGUCCACCUAUUAUGGCCUGCACCUCCAGCCCGGCAUCGCCCUCGCCGCCGACUGUUUCGUCCGAUCUGGGAGACAGGCUGGGCAGUGGGUUGCUGCUGAAGACCUACAUAGAGCCGGAGGCUGAUGCUCGCUCCAGCAGCUCGAGCUACCACCAACAGCAGCAGCAGCAGUCGACGGCAGUUCAAACAGAAAUUGUUCUAUCGAACGCAAACGUAUCCACCACCGGCGGCUGGAUAGCCAGAGGAGCCGAGAUCACCAGCGACGCGACGCCCGUGGUGGCACGACCCUUUGUGAUGCAUGCCGUGAACAAGGAGAUGUACAAUGUGGUGGCCAAUACUGCGGCGCCCGCGGCCAGCUCGCCGCUGAUCAAUGAUCCGCACAACGAGACGAUCAAUCUGCUGUGCGAAGAGACAAUACCCGGCAGCCCGGCGCCCACCUACGGCGGCAAGGAUGAACAAAUGACCGCUAUUGCAGGCAUCACUCCACUGUCGCCAGACACUCCGCCACCGGGAACCACGGGUCUGCUGCAGGGGACGACAGGGGCACAUCAGUCCGCAGGAGACUCGGCGUUGGGUGGCGUGGGUCCGUCGACGGCAAACAGCUCGCCGGACUCGGCCAGCCAGGAGGAUGAGAGCAGCGAAGAGGCCAAGACCAAGCAUCUAGAGAACGAACUAGAGGGCUUGGGCUUGGGGGGGACACUGCUCAAGAGGAAGCGCACGAGCAAGCAGACCCAAGCGCAGAUCACUGCCGUUGCGGCACAGCUCCAGUCGCUGUACAAGCGACGGCGCCAGGUAUCGGGAAUGAGAGGCAGCAAACAGACAGCCACAGUCCCAGCGGGCUCGGAUACCGAUGACAAUUCCGACAAUCUGGUGUCCAACUUGGGGCCACAACAGCAGCCGGCACAGCAGCAGCAGCUGCGUCAGAGUGGACGCCAACAGUUGAUGCCUCUGACCAAUGUCCAACAGCAGCAACACGAGCAACAGCAGCAGCAACAACAGCAGCAGCUUCAACAGCAACAGCAACAGCAGCAACAGCCGCAGCAACAGCAACCGUCUUCGAGCAAUCAAUUGGGCGUACGACCCUGUCCGUACAACUUUCUGGUUGAAUUGGAUCGCUCUCUGAGCUCCGAUCAGUGCAUCACAAUUCUGCGCAAGCAGAUACAGGAUCUGCGCAAGGCAUACAACACCAUCAAGGGCGAGCUGGCGGUCAUUGAUCGGAGGCGCAAGAAGAUGCGCCGCCGCGAGCGCGAGAAGAAGCAACAGCAGCAGCAGCAGCAGGGCCUUACGCAAGGAAAAGUCUGCACCUGAUGGUCGGAGAGGGAGCGUGAAAGGGAGCGAGAACGAGAACGCCUCCUCGAGCGGGAGCAGGAGGAGGGAGACACCUAGGGGGAGGUAAGAAACUCGAAGAAGGAGCGACAUUCAUGAAUCAUUGCUUGAAUUGCCCCAACAAAUCAGUCUAUAUUUACAAAUUGUAUAUACACUCGGUCAUAUUUGUAUGGCUAAUUAUAAGUAAGGGACACAUAUGUUCCAAUACACCCGGAAUCUAGGGUAUAAAGUGUCUACAAGAAUAUUCUUGAUUCGAUUCUUUUUUGAUUCGAGUUUUUUGUCUUUGCUAAGCUGUAAAAACGUAAAUUCAAUGACAAAAAUGCAGUAGCAAAAUAUUCGAACAUAUAAGAGUAUAUUUAUAGGCAAGCACGGACACUCCGUGAUAGGUAUAUAAGUUUAAGAAAACAUUUACAAACGAUUGUACAUACACUUGGUAAUAUUUGAUUUCUCAUUAUAAAAUCGCUUUAGGAUUGCUUUAAUCGAAUGAACAUGUAUGCAUGUCCCCGACCAGAAGGCAGUUUGCAAACAAAUGCAUACAAAACACAUUUAUAAUCUGAGAAUUCGAUUCUAAAAACCAUAUAUAACCAUAUAUAUAACCUAAACCGAGGAAACUCUGCAAAUUUUGUGUAAACUAAGCAAUAUUUGAUUUCUGGCUAUACGAUUAUUGAUUGAAUUAUUAAAGGUUCUGAGAUAAUAAUAUACCCGGAAAGAAGGGUAUUACCAAAAGCACAUUUUAAAAUUAAUGCAUAUAAAAAAAGAUGUUUUAAAAUGAAUGCAAAAUGCACACUUGAAAGCUAUAUAUUCUAUAAAUUUAGAAAGUAAGAUAACUAAGCCUUGUAAUAAUAUAUAUAUAACCCAUACGUAAUACACAUUGAUUCAGCAAUCUUUUGUUGCAAAUCUGUUAGCGAUACAUUAGCGCUAAAGUUGCUCUUAGGCGCUAAGCCUAUAAUUGAAAUGGAAGCAAGAGGAUUAUAACUCUUAAUAUAUACAAAAUAUAAACAUUAGUAUUUAAGAAGCCCAUACACAUGUUUGUAUAUCCAAUAAUCCUCACCGCUUUUUUAUGGAUUGUAAGAUAUAAAGUGUUUUAAUAGAAUCUAAGCAAGAAUGUUGUAAGCCAUGAAUAAUAAAUAUUUGAAAAUAUAUUAUUUAAACUUUUAUAUA